GCUUACGGAACAUUAAUAACGUAGCUUUAGUGUAUAGAUGUAGUCACGUGUGUGUUUGAAAACUAUUUUAUGAAAGAGCCGGGAUGUUUGUAUUCUUUCACGAUUUCAAAGCUUAAUGGAAAUUCAAAACAUCUAUAGUCCAUUAAACAUUUACUUGCUUUUGGCUAUAGCUGCACGGUUGGUGUAGAAGAUCCUAGUUUUGAAAGAACACUUCGUUUCUACUAUUGCUUUGAAUAACACGUUAUUUGUUUUUAUUUAGAGCAGCUGUAAUUGUAUAGCUGUGUAUUUGCAACAGAUAUGGUGUUCUUCACCUGCAACGCCUGUGGGGAAUCCCUCAAAAAAGCUCAGGUUGACAAACACGUGAACAUGUGCCGAGGUUGUCAGGUUCUCUCCUGCAUCGACUGUGGAAAAGACUUCUGGGGCGAUGACUACAAAAAUCAUAACAAAUGUAUAAGUGAAGACCAGAAGUAUGGAGGCAAAGGCUACGAGGCUAAGGCAAACAAGGGAGAUGUGAAACAGCAGCAAUGGCUACAGAGAGUCCAUGAAGCGAUGAACAAGCCUGGUGUGAGUCCCAAGCUGAAAGAUGUGCUGAGACAAGUUAGCACAUAUGAUAAUGUACCAAGGAAGAAAGCCAAGUUUCAGAACUGGAUGAAAAACAGUCUAAAGAUAGCCAACACCAACCUCCAUGAUGAAGUUUGGGAAAUACUUGCUGCAGCUGACAGUGCUCCUGAGGCCAAAGACCAGGUUCCAGAAUGUAAAGAGACUGUGGCUGAAGUCCCAGUCGGCACGAAUGGAACUGAAGAGCAAAAUGGUGAAGCAAAUGCUGAGGUAAAGAAGAAGAAACUGAACAAGCGGGAGCGUAAAGAGGCCCGUCAGCAAAAGAAUGGAAAGGCUGCAAAGAGUGAUGAACAAACGGUCACAGGAGAACUGGGCAAAGACCAAAAAAAGAAAAAAGGCAGAAAGAGAAAACAUGAACAGGAAGAUGAAGAGGACAAUGGGACCAAUUCUGAUGUUGACACUUCUGUCAAGAAGGCAAAAACUGCAAACAAUACUGAGGCUGUCGUGGCAGAAGAGACGGAAAAACAAGCUGCUGUUCAGGGAAAAUUCAACUGGAAGGGAAACAUCAAGGCAGUGCUGAAAGAGUCACCUGACCAGGAGCUGCCUCUGAAGAAACUCAGGAAGAAGGUUUUGGGAGCCUACUAUUCUUUCACUGGUGACAGCAAUUUUAAAACGGAAGAGGAGGUGUUGGCUCUUUUCAACAAGAAGGUCAACAAAAAUCCCAAAUUUAGAGUUUUGAAAGAACGAGUUAAACUUGUAAAGUAGUCCCCCCUUUUGACACCUUACAUGUUGUCCAUAGACUUUAAAAUUCCAAAAUCCCAGUAUUGCCAUACUUCUUUGUAUGGUUUUUAUACACAUGACACGGUCUUCAUGAUUAAAUUCAUUUUUGACUGAAUCCUGUUUCCUGUCCAGUGUUGCUGUGUAUUUUGUUGGCCUGGUCAGUGAGAUUAAUAAAAGCUUCCUCAUAGCAUACCACUGAUGUUUGAUAUAUAAAAUGGCAGUUUUCUUUGGGGGGGUUUACACUGUUUCACAUUCCAAGCCCACAGUAACGCUGGGAAAUGGCACCUUAUCUGUGGGAUUGGAUGUUGGAGUGGGGGAAGGGAAACGGGAGAGGUGCACCUGAGGUGAAUUUGACUCUCACACGGGACGCAGCUAAUGCACAUUCCUCCACAGCCCGAACCGGGUUCACUUGGCCAGAGACACAGAAGCUCCAUAGAGGCAGGACGCUUGGUGUCAGCCUCAGGUGAAGUUUUAAUGCGUUCUGAUUUUCCACAGCGAGAAUGAGCCGCCUCUUUACGCUGUGCAGUCACACACAUACACACACACACACACAACCGGAGGAAAUCUGCCCCGAUUUAUGAAGCUCAGCUAAUCCCAUCAGGUUUAACACUGACUCAUUCAUCACACGUCUCACUUGAAACAGUAUAUCGCAUACUCCAGGUAUUAGUCAAGCUGUUACUCAGGUUUGCUUGUAUUAAAACAAUGUUUUCUAGUUCAGUGGAUUUCUGUAGAGCUUAAUUCUUGCCAUUUAAUCCAGACCUCACAGGUUAAUGAAAUCAG